AUGUCAGCCAAUGGAUUCCCAAGGUCACAAAACCGUCCAAUGUGGGCCCUUCAGGCUGUGGCCAAUCCCAUCCUGCCUCUCCCUGGCAAGAACCCCAAGGAACUGCGCAGCUUCCGUUUCUUCGUUGAUGUGACAGCACCUUCUCUAGGAAGCGUCUUUAAUUCUACAUUUUGGAAGACGGAAAUUCCUAGAGCGUGCUACCUUGACGAUGCCAUCCGUCAUGCGAUCGUUAGCCUCGCGUCAGCUCACGAGUCUUCUGUUUACACUGUACCUGCUAGCACGUCUACAAUGCCUGACAAUUUGCAUACCCUUCGGCACUAUAACCUAGCUGUUCAGGACCUGCUAAAGUCGUACUCACCCGAUGGCUGGUGGCGGGUUCUUACCCUUAGCAUUCUUUUCACAUCUAUUUGCUGCUUGGAGAACAAGUACCUUGAGGCGCAGAUGCAUUUCAAGUCUGGGUAUAAGCUGAUCUGCGAGAUUGCCAAGCCCGACCCGCAUUGCCCGCAUGAAUCUCUGCCCAACAAAAGAGUUCCAAAUUGGAACCGGCUGCAAGGCCGAACACCCAUACCAGUAUCUGUUGCCUCCCUUCGAUCCAUGGUCGAAGCCUUCGAACUGCAAAACAGCAAGCUCGAUGCUGCCAAAGCCUAA